GCUUGGAGCUCAGACAACAAAGGCAGAGUGAGCCUGGUUUUCUUUCUCUCAGCAUCUCCACCCUGCACACUGAAAGCCGCUUCAGAUCUUUCGGGUCCACCAAACUAUGGAACUUGAUUUUGGACACUUUGACGAACGAGAUAAGGCGUCCAGAAACAUGCGAGGCUCACGGAUGAACGGGCUGCCCAGCCCAACUCACAGUGCUCACUGUAGCUUCUACAGAACCAGGACCUUACAGGCACUGAGCAACGAGAAGAAAGCCAAGAAGGUUCGUUUCUAUCGCAACGGGGACCGCUACUUCAAAGGGAUUGUAUACGCCGUCUCCUCCGACCGCUUCCGAAGUUUUGAUGCUCUCCUGGCUGACCUGACCCGAUCCCUGUCUGACAACAUUAAUCUGCCGCAGGGGGUCCGUUACAUUUACACCAUCGAUGGCUCGAGGAAGAUCGGGAGCAUGGAUGAGCUGGAGGAAGGGGAGAGUUACGUCUGCUCAUCUGACAACUUCUUCAAGAAGGUGGAGUACACCAAGAACGUCAAUCCCAACUGGUCUGUCAAUGUGAAGACAUCUGCCAACCAGAAAGCACCUCAGUCCCUGGCCAGCAGCAACAGUGCCCAGGCAAAGGAGAACAAAGAUUUUGUACGCCCCAAGCUGGUGACCAUCAUCCGCAGCGGGGUGAAGCCCCGCAAGGCAGUCCGGGUGCUCCUCAACAAGAAGACUGCCCACUCAUUUGAGCAAGUUCUCACUGACAUCACUGAAGCUAUCAAACUGGAGACAGGAGUGGUCAAAAAGCUGUAUACCUUGGAUGGGAAACAGGUGACCUGUCUCCACGAUUUCUUUGGGGAUGAUGAUGUGUUCAUUGCCUGUGGUCCAGAAAAAUUCCGCUAUGCACAGGAUGACUUCUCCCUGGAUGAGAGCGAGUGCAGGGUGAUGAAGGGGAGCCCUGGGACUGCCACGGGCAGCAAAUCCUCUCCCACCCCUCAGAAGAGCUCAGCCAAGAGCCCAGCACCCAUGCGCCGGAGCAAGUCCCCAGCUGAUUCAGGUAACCACCAAGAUGCAAAUGGGACCUCAAGCAGUCAGCUGUCUACACCCAAAUCCAAGCAGUCCCCAAUCUCCACACCAACCAGCCCAGGGAGCCUCCGGAAGCACAAGGACUUGUAUCUGCCUCUGUCUUUGGAUGACUCUGAUUCCCUUGGAGACUCCAUGUAAAGCAACACGAAGCUC